AUGCAGAGCAAUGGCUUCUCCGAUAACAUACCGGACUCGAUCGGAUCUUGUUCGAUGCUCAGCGAUCUAAACAUGGCUCAAAACUCUCUUUCCGGCGAAAUCCCACACACGCUUGGUUCUCUUCCGACGCUCAACGCUUUGAACCUUUCCGACAAUAAGCUCUCCGGGAGAAUCCCGGAGAGUUUGUCGUUUUUAAGACUUAGCCUUCUUGAUCUGUCGAACAACAGAUUAUCCGGUCGUGUCCCUCUGAGUUUGUCGUCGUAUAACGGUAGCUUCAACGGCAAUCCUGGACUCUGCAGCAUGACGAUCAAAUCUUUCAACCGGUGCAUGGACUCACCAGGAUCGCAUCGAGACACUCGCAUCUUCGUGCUGUGUAUAGUUUUCGGUUCGCUGAUCUUGAUUGCGUCUCUUUUGUUUUUCUUGUACCUGAAGAAAACCGAGAAGAAGGAGAGACGGACGCUGAGGCACGAGUCUUGGAGUAUAAAGUCGUUCCGGAGGAUGAGUUUCACUGAAGAUGAUAUCAUAGAUUCGAUCAAGGAAGAGAAUUUGAUCGGUAGAGGAGGUUGCGGCGAUGUGUACAGAGUAGUGCUCGGUGAUGGUAAAGAGCUCGCCGUCAAACACAUUCGGAGUAGUAAUUCGGACGAUAAGAAGAAUUUCAGCAGCGCAAUGCCGAUUCUCAAUGAGAAGGAAGGAAGAUCGAAAGAGUUUGAGACAGAGGUGCAGACGUUAAGCUCGAUACGGCAUUUGAACGUGGUGAAGCUUUAUUGUAGCAUCACGAGCGAUGACUCGAGCUUGCUUGUGUAUGAGUACUUGCCUAAUGGUAGCUUGUGGGACAAGCUUCACUUGUGCAAGAAAUCGAAUCUAGGUUGGGAAACGCGGUAUGAUGUAGCUCUUGGUGCUGCGAAAGGGCUUGAGUACUUGCAUCAUGGGUAUGAGCGGCCUGUGAUUCACCGUGAUGUUAAAUCAAGUAACAUCUUGCUUGAUGAGUUCUUUAAACCUAGGAUUGCGGAUUUUGGUCUCGCCAAGAUUCUUCAGGCUAAUAAUGGUGGUCUAGAUUCCACUCAUGUCGUUGCAGGAACAUACGGCUACAUAGCUCCAGAGUAUGGAUACUCGUCGAAAGUGAAUGAGAAAUGCGACGUGUAUAGCUUUGGAGUUGUGUUAAUGGAGCUAGUCACGGGUAAGAAACCGAUAGAGGCAGAGUUUGGGGAGAGCAAAGACAUAGUGAAUUGGGUAAGCAACAAUCUGAAGAGCAAAGAGAGUGUGAUGGAGAUUGUGGACAAGAAGAUAGGAGAAAUGUAUAGAGAAGAUGCGAUCAAGAUGCUGAGGGUAGCGAUCCUAUGCACCGCAAGACUGCCUGGAAACAGGCCGACGAUGAGGAGCGUGGUUCAGAUGAUCGAGGACGCAGAGCCGUGUAGAUUGAUGGGGAUUGUGAUUAGUAAAGAGAGUGAUGUGAAGGUCAAAGAAAUAAGUUGA